AUGCAGACUGAGGCCUUAGAGGAGCAUACAGAACUCUGGUGGUCUAGACAGCCGGUGAAGUCAGUCGUGUGCUACUGCUUGGCUGUCCUCCUUAUCCUAGCUUGUGGCAUUGGUGGCAUCGUCCUGUUAUCCACCACCACCAGCCGGUCAGGUGAAUGGAGACUAGCUGUGGGGACAACUUUGUGUAUUCUUUCCCUACUUGUUUUGUUGAAGCAACUUUUGAGCUCAGCGAUCCAGGACAUGCAGUGUGUAACCAGAAGACGACACAUCGAUUUGCUGAGGAGCGGUGGUCUAUCAGACAUUAUGGUGUUCCUUGUAAGUGCCAUCAUCAUCUUAGUGUGUGGUGUGGUUCUUCUCGUUCUUUCUUAUUCUGGAGAAACCCCGGGAUUCCCUCCAGUUCUGGUCACCAUGUACACAGUAGGGGUCUCGCUAGUUGUCAUAGGGGUCUUCAUCCUUGUUGCGGUUGUGACAUUUGCACUUGUGGUGUUGUGUAAGUCUUGUGCUCCCAAUCGCUUCCAUCCCAGGAACAUGAGCAUCUUCUCCAUCUCCGGGCAGCUCACUCAGCGGCAGAACACAACCUCCAGUUUGGCCAACCUCAUCUAA